GACAACUGACAUUGACGUUCCGAAGUUGUGGUGUUCUGUUAUUUCAGCUGUUUAGUAUUUUAUGAACGAUGAUUAUUAAAAUGUAUUUUUAAGAUAAGAUACUAUCAACUUGAUAUAAAAAUGCCCUAAAAGUGAGGAAAUAAAUUUUGAUUCUUUGGAGUAACUGCUCCAGUUAACAAACAUGGGUAUUACCGGAUUAAUCCCAUUUUUGGAGAAAGCCUCCAGAAGGGCAAAUGUAGGCGAAUUCAAUGGAUGUACGGUUGCAAUAGAUUCAUAUUGUUGGUUGCAUAAAGGUGCAUUUGCUUGCGCUGACAAACUUGUGCAAGGAUUAGAGACAGACAUUUAUGUGAAGUACUGUUUAAAAUAUGUAACUAUGUUACUAUCAAAAAAUAUAAAACCCAUAAUGGUGUUUGAUGGUCGCCAUCUACCUGCUAAAGCCAUGACAGAAUUGAAGAGAAGAGAGUCUCGACAAUUAUCCAAGAAGAGAGCAGCUGAAUUGUUGAGUUUGGGUCAGAUGGAGGAAGCUCGUUCGUACAUGCGUCGCAGUGUAGAUGUGACCCAUGAGAUGGCGCUAGCUCUCAUCAAAGAGUGCAGGAACCGCAAUGUGGACUGUAUUGUAGCACCCUAUGAGGCAGAUGCACAACUUGCCUACCUCAAUAUAAAUAAUAUAGCACAAUUAGUUAUCACUGAAGAUUCCGAUUUGAUAUUAUUUGGAUGUACUAAGGUACUUUUCAAAAUGGAUCUUGACGGAACUGGAACUCUGGUGGAAACAGCAAAGCUACCUUUGGUUAUGAAAUGUGCGAUUGAAAGUUAUACAUUUGACAAGUUCAGACAGAUGUGCAUUAUGUCUGGAUGUGAUUAUUUAGCAUCGUUACCUGGUAUCGGAUUGGCUAAAGCUAGACAAUUCGUUGUUGCGACGCAGGACCCGAAUUUUGCUAAUGCUCUUAGAAAGUUACCAAGUUUCUUUAACCGGUUGAAUCUAGUGGUAACAGACGAGUACAGAGAAAACUUUCUAAAAGCUGAGGCUACAUUCAAGCAUCAAUAUGUUUACGAUCCUGUAGAAAGGCGGAUGGUUCGAUUAACUGAGACUGAUGAUGAAGACUUGGAGAAAGCAUUAUGUGUUAAUGCGGGAGAAAUGUUGGACCCUAAAAUAGCUUACCAGCUGGCUCUUGGUAAUUUGGACCCUUUCAGUUUGAAGAAGAUGGAUGAUUGGGAUCCUGAUAACAGGCAAAAUGGGAAAUGUAAUAUAAAAUCAUCGGGUUGGUAUGAAAAACCAUCAAAUCAUCCAAGUAUAUGGAAUGAAGGAUAUAGACAAUAUUUAGAAGAUCCAACACCGUGGUUGAAAAAGAUUAAAAAGUUAGAACCUAUAAUAGCCAUACCACAGACAAGGAUAAAAAAGAAAGUUGUUAAUUUAGUUAGUAAAUAUGUACCGGAAACACAAGAUAUAAGUUUAACAAUAGAAUCAUUAAGUAGUAUGUACUGUGAACCGUCAGCAAAAAAACAAAAAAAUAAUAUAACUCAUAAUAAUGAGGAAACAGAAAGUCAAAAAAUACACAACAUAGCUCUUACCGAAGAUGAAAUAUUAGAUGAAAAAAUGGAACAAAAUAAAAAAUCACCAAUAAUAGAAAGUAGAAAGAGAUUAAAUAGAAAAUUUCCUAAUAACAGUAGUUUUUCUGUUUUAAAACGACUAAGUAAAUUUCCAAGGACUGUAUUAGGAGAUAAUCUUAUUGAAAGCAAGUUUUUUGCAUCUAGUACUGAAAAUAACAUAAACGAAAAUCUUAUAUUAGAAGAAUCACCGAAAUCAGAAAAUCUAGAAUUAAAUCAAACUGAUUUAUUAAAUAAUGCUAUAGAAAUAGACACUCAAUGUUCAGAAAUUCCUAAUUCUUUAAAAGAAAAUUCUCCUAUUUCUAGUCCUGUGAAAUGUAAGAAAAGUCCGAUUUUAGAGCCGAAGUAUAAGAAUAGAAAUCCGUUUAAAAAAAAAGAAGAAACUCAGUUAAGUAGCAGUUUAAGUGACGAUUCUGUGAUUGAUAAUACAUAUCCAAUGGAGAAUUUAGUGACGCCGGUGGAUACACAGGAUUCGUUUGGUGAAUCUCAACCGGAAAUAUCACCAAUAAGUCUGGAUAAAUACAGAAUAAAUAGUAAGGAAAUAAGAAACGGUAUAAACGGUGUUAAGAAAUCAAGUUGUAAAGUAUCAGGACUGAAGCGAACAACAUCAUUGCCAAGUAAUCAGCCAACUUUGUUGAGCAAGUUUGGAUUUCAGAAGAAGCCAGUGUUGAAGAAAUAAAUUUAAUUCCAAUGACGUUUUGUACUGUGUACAAAAUAAUAUAGCUUUUCUUACUUGUACAAUUUGCUCAUCAUCAUCAGCUCACUAAACCUCCCCACCUAGGAGCUCGGAGCCUACCCUAAGUUAAGAGUG